AUGGAUUUUGAAGACUUCCCAGGUUUCAUUCCCUCGAAUGAGGCGCAGCUAUCGGCGAAAUUUGAGGAAGAGAUGAAGGAUCUCUCCUUCGUAUUUAUUGUGCUCAACAGCAGUAGAUACAAGCUGGACGCGGAUGACGCGCAAAUAUUCAUUCCACAACAGCCACACGUGGUCCGCGCCACACCACUUAGCCAGGAUCCCAUUGAGAUAGAAUCCGUCCACAGUCUUUGCCGAGCAUGUCUAAACGCCUUCAACUACUACUGCCACUUCAUCGCCGACGACAAGGAGGCUUGUGGGAUCGCGGACGACCAGAAUAUGCCAUUUGCCGUCAUGCAUCACCGCAACAUCCGCUCACUGAUGGAAACGGCUGCGAACGGGCAAUGUUCCCUGUGUUCCCAGUUACUCGAGGCUCUGCGCGCGCCUGCCGGCCCGCAAAAUAGCGACGACCUCGAGCAUCGCCGCCUGGAGAUGUGCUGGGGUCCGCGCGAGGCUGACGGCGGCAACCAUCUCUACUUUGUCUGGACCGACAGGCGGCGACCGCGCCAGUAUACCAACUACAACACUUACUACCGGUUACGAUUGUGGCCGGUGGAGAACGGCUCACUUGACGCACACUUGCACCUAAGUACUGCGGAUGAUGAAGAGAAGGGACAGCUGGGGGAGAUAGCUGCGAACGACAGCUCUGGAUCCGUGGCGUCGGCGCGUGUUUCCAAGGCGUGGCUCAAGCAGUGCCUGGAGAACGCGGACGGCGCGCACGACGAAUGCAACAACGCUUCCCUCGCCGGAGUCCAGGAGCAAAGCAGCCGCAGCCACCUGCCCACGCGCGUCCUCGACGUCGAAACCGCGAGGAGAACCGGCCGUCUGCGACUCGUCUGCCCGGAAGCCGACCUGGACGCCACGUCGAUGGGCCCGGCCGACCUCCGCUACAUCACGCUCAGUCAUUGCUGGGGCCAAUGGGGCGCGGAAGAGCUCCCCGUGCUGACGACGCGCAACGUCGACGAACGGCGCGAGGCGGGCGCGAGCCUGGCCGACCUGCCCCGGACGUUCCGCGAGGCGGUCGAGGUCGCGGGCGGCUGGUUCGGCGUGCGCUGGCUGUGGAUUGACUCGCUGUGCAUCCUGCAGGACUCGCCGGCCGACUGGGCGCGCGAGGCCGCCGCCAUGGCGAGCACGUACCGCCGCGCCUUGCUGAACCUCAGCGCCGACCACGCCGCGGACGCGCGGGGCGGCUUGUUCGUCAAGCGGAGGCGCGAGGACGACCGGGUGCUGCGGUUGAGGGCUGGAGACCACCGGGCUUGGUGGUGCGUCGCGUUCGACACCUUUGCGUGCCACUGGGCCGGCAGGGCGCCGUCCUUUGACCGCGCGUGGAUCCAUCACGAGCGCCAGAUCGCGAGGCGCGUGCUGCACUUCACCGAGGCCGAGGUGAUGUGGGAGUGUUGCGCCAAGGCGGACGAGGAGUCGUCGUCGCCGUCGACGCCGCCACCAUCCCGAUCAUUCAAGACUGAGACGUUUCCCGGCGGCGUGCCGUUCAGGAGGCCCUUCGCGCGGCCCGGCCAGAGCGUGGGCAACGCGAAAUGGCAGACCAGGCGGGACGUGAGGGACGCUGUCGCCGCGACGGAGGGGAGAGACGCCCGCGUGCGGGAACUGUGGCGGGACGUCUGUGAGGAGUUUGCGCGGAAGGGGUUGACCAAGGCGAGCGAUAUGCCAGUCAUCAUGUCGAGUUUGGCUGAGGAGUUCAGGGCGUUGUUGCCGGAGGAUGCCACAUCACCAACCACAUAUGGCGCACCUUCCUGGUCCUGGAUGUCAGCCAGCCAGCCGAUUGCUCGUAGCCGCUUUGCCAAACCGCAGACUCCCAUCGCACGGAUCGAAGACGACGGCAACCUCGCCGCCCUCCGCGACCAAUUCGGCACCCCGUUGCCUGGCGUUGAGCCCUCUACUUCCCUUACCAUCACUGGCUUUAUCCGGCACGUUGGUGUCGUUUGGGACCGCGUCAGCUUCGCGCCCCCGCGGACCGUCGGAUCGUCUCCUUACAUAUGCGUCCAGCAUCAUUAUACCAUGUUGGUCAAUGAUGAGGACGGCAAUGACGGUUACGAUGGCGGCGAUGGCAAUGAGGAAGAAGAAAAGAGCAAACGCCUUCGCAGUGUCGGUGUUUCCUGGCGAGGCGACAGCGGAGCGGACUUCGAGUGUCACCUCGACCACUACGGCGGCAGAGAUGAUGGCAAUCGCUCCAGCAACAGCAAGGUGCUGCAAGCCUUCUGCCUUUUCGUCGAGGCCGAGCAUCACCAGUUGCCAAGACGGUACGUGGAGGUUGUCGGACUGUUGCUGCAGCCUGUUGGGAAGGCGAGCGGGGGGCGGCGGGUCUUCAGGCGCAUCGGCAUGGUGGAGCUGUCUGGACGGGCGGCGUUGAAGCUGAGGUACAGGGUCAAGCCCGGUCACAGCAUGGAGGAAGGGGACUGGGAGGAGAAUCUGCGGAACGUUGAGGAGGCCGCAGAUAUCGCGUUGGAGUGUCGCCGAAGGGAAGGAGAGGGGCAGGCGGGAGAAGGGGAGUAUGAUGGUGCCAUUUCCGAUCUAUACCUUUACGAUGCGAAGAUUGACAUGACCGCUUUAGAAAGGCUGAAGCCGCAGACGAUCACACUAAUCUAA